UGUUCACAAAACUCAGCAUCUUCAUCAGAGUUAGGACAGAGCUACAAAAACUAAAGACGAGAUCUCCAAGCUAGAUAUCGAGAAGAUGAAUUGCAUAGUUCUUGUCUGUCUCGCAGUUCUUCUAGCCUUUGUAGAGGCCAGUUCAGCGAACGAAAUCUUUGUCAAGAGAACGUUGCAGCAUCAUUGCUAUGCAGUGGGUGACCCACACUACAAGACAUUUGACAACAAGUACUUCAACUUCAUGGGCCAUUGUCGAUACGUGCACGUAACAGACUACUGCCCAAAGAAAGAUGGCGGCAAAUCAAGGUUGGGCCACUUCAAAGUCAUCGCCAAUACCGGAAACUGCGCAAGAAUUAAUGUUCCCAGCCCAGUGUCUUGUGUGAAUUCUGUUGAUGUCAUAAUUGGAGGCGAAACAGUUCAUCUGUCGUACCUGUCGAAUUCACCAGCCCCUAAGUACAGACCGGAGUACACGGUGACGAUCGAGGGCGCCUAUGUGGUAGUGAGAACGAUUCCCUCUGGACUCACCGUUAAAUGGAACAAGGUUCAUGGUCUGUGGAUCUAUCUCGAUGAACGAUUCAGAGGAAAGGUUUGUGGUCUUUGUGGAAACUUCGACGGCAAUCCAAACAAUGAUGGCGUUAAUGGAUACCCUUUUAGAGCUGGAGGAAAAUGUGGAGCACCACAAACUCCACAGCAUCCUUGCGAGAAGAAGCCCCAUCGGCGUCCAGUGGCUCUCAAAGACUGUGGAGUCAUCAAGUCACAUCAUUUCGCCAACUGUAGGAGCAGCGGCAAGGAUUUGGAGCGGUUGUACCAUGACUGUGUAUACGAUGUGUGUGCAGAAACCGUGGCAACCAUGAAAGACAGCAGUUGUGAGGCCAUCAAGUCAGCAUCUGAAGAAUGCGACGGGAAACUUGUUUCAUGGGGACAUCUUGAAAAGAAAUGCAAAUGCCAGGUAGAGGCCGAACUAGGCCACGGUAAUCACAAGCGCAAGGAAUGUUGUCACUUCCCCUUCAAGCACCAUGAUAGAUGGUACUAUGUAUGCAUAAAAAACAAGCAUAGCCUUAGCUCAUGGUGCAAAACAGAAAACGGACAAUUUGCUUCUUGCUUACUGUAAGAAAGGGACACUGAGCCAUUUACCGCUAACUCUACAGGAUGGGAUUGAUAUCAAUUCACAUAGACUAGACUAGUAUACUAUCAAUUUCUACAGUCCUCACGCACUUUGUGUGCACUUAUAAAACUUAUUAAUAAUGCAUGAGCUAUUACUCCAAUAAGGGUUGUCCAUUUCAUCAGGUGAUUGAMCUUGUAAAUCASAUACAACACUGUGAUACAACACUAGUGUUGUAUAAGAUUUACAACACGGUCGUCACCUUGAGACAACCCAACACUAGCAAAGGUCUCAGUUUUAGUGUCGCAUCAUAGACCUUCACUAGGUUUUGAAGC